AUGAGUAACAUUUAUAUUCAAGAACCUCCAACUUCUGGAAAAGUAAUUAACUUUAAUAUUUUUGUUAUAUUUUUUAAAUAUAAUUAUUGGACAUAAUAUUUGAACAAUAACAAUUAGUAGGUAAUUAUACCUAUUUUGAAGUUGAAAUUAAUUUUUUGUUAAUAUUAUAACCAGGUGGUUCUAAAAACUUCAUUUGGUGAUAUUGAAAUAGAAUUAUGGUCAAGAGAAGCGCCAAAAGCGUGUAGAAAUUUUGUACAACUCUGUCUUGAAGGGUAUUAUGAUGGAGUUUUAUUUCAUCGUAUUGUAAAAGGUUUUAUAGCUCAAGGAGGUGAUCCAACAGGAACUGGAUCAGGUGGAGAAUCUGUUUAUGGUUAUCCAUUUAAAGUAUUACAUUUAUUUACACAAUUACGCUGUAAAAUGGCAUGUAAGAAAAAAACAAAACAAAUUUUAGGAUGAAAUCCACUCACGUCUACGGUUUAAUCGUCGUGGUUUGGUUGCAAUGGCAAAUGCUGGCAAAGAUGAUAAUGGAUCUCAAUUUUUCUUUACAUUAGGAUCUACUCCAGAACUUCAAUCUAAACAUACUAUAUUUGGAAAAGUUGCCGGCGAUACUAUAUUCAAUUUAACUAAACUAAAUGAAACUCUUGUGGAUAAGGUAUUUAUACCUUGUGGUUUCUACGAAAUUAUAUAAUUGAUAAGUUUAUACAUUUUAUUUUUAGGAAGAUAAACCAGUUUAUGAUCAAAAGAUACUGAAAACCAUUAUACUAAAUAAUCCUUUUUCUGAUAUUGUACCUAGAAUUGAAAAAAAAGUUGAUAAAAUUGAAAAAAGUUCAAAAAAGAAAGAGAGUGUUGGUGUUAAGUAAGUUUCAUAUUAUUUUAAGUUGCAUUUCUUUUCUGCUUUUUAGAAAUUAUUUGAAUAGUAAAAGAGGAAAAAUAAAAUAAUUACUUUGAUAUACUCUGUUUACACUUAGAUGUACAGGCAGUUUUCAGUUUAGAUUCUGAGUGGAAGAGGAAUAUAUUGGUUUUAUAAUGAUGUUUUUUUUUUUUUUUUUUUAUCUGAGCACCUUUUACCAAAAUACUCCGAUUAUCAAGUAUAGCACCUUUUCUGAAAGGAAAUGUUCUCUGGGUGGUUCUUCAAAGAGUUCAUUUUUUUUGAAAUUCUCAUUAAUAUUCGAGAUAAUCAGGAAAACCUUGGAUUAAAAAAGAUUAAAAGUAAAGUUGUCAUUGACAACCGUUUUUACUUUUUGUUUUUUGUUAUUAAGUUUUUAUUUUUUUAAACAAUCAUUGUUGUAAUCAUUUUAUCAUAAUAUGACAUAAUGUAUAUUUUUAACAAAGCAACACUAUCAACCGAACUCCGUUCAAAAUCGUUUUUUUAUUAGAAAUGGUUUAUUGUUGCUUAUAUAUAUACAUUAAAUUCCCGUUUGUAUUCUACCCUCCCAACUUCCCACUUUGAACAGUGCCUGCACCCAUGUGCAAAGUAUGUCCUUCCUUUUUUUCAUUUUAUAUUACCAUAACCAUUUCAAAAAAUUCAAAAUUAAUUUUUUUGUCCCUUAAUGUAUCUUUUAUACUCUUAUAAUUUCAAGAGGUGUAUAUUACCUGUAUAGUUAAUUUAAUUAAAUUAAUUAAAUAAUUAUGUUAUUAUUUGUUCCUUAUAUAGUUCCAUCUUCUAGAUAAAAGACAAAUACUAGUAAACUUUAGAAUUUAAAUUCAAAAGUAGUGUUUUAAAUUUAAGCUCUACACAAUGCUCUUAAAUUUUGUUGAUAUUGAUGUAGAUUUUGAUGACUGAUUAGUAGAUAUAUGAAUAAGAUUAAAACUUAAAAAUGUAUAAACAUAACCUAGUGAAUGAAGAACAAAAAAUUAGCAACAUUUCAAUAAUAGUAUUAAAGAUGUAUUUAAAACUUCCAUAGUUAACAAAUAAUAUCUGAUUGGAGUAUUGAACGUGAUAAUGAUCACAUUAGAGAAGCUAUAAUUAAUAUAGUAAUAGAGAUUUUAAGAAAAAAAAUGAUAAAAAUCUAAGUCACGGUACAAUACAAUUUGCAAAAAGUAUUAUAAAGAAAAAAAUUGACAAAGUAUCAAUGGAAUUGUGGAGAAAUUAAAGCUAAAUAACUGCGAAGAGCCUGAUGAAGUCUUUAAGUUAAACCAUAAAUCACCUAUUGAGAAUGAAAUCCAGACACAAUUCAUAAAAAAGAAAUAGAGAAAAUAACCCUUAGUGUGUAGAAGUUAAUUAACAGAAUUUGAAUAACUGAAAAGAUACAAAAUAAUGGAAAACAGUAGUGGUGUAUAAUACGAAUAUAAGAAUGAGAUUUCUUAGAUGCCUUUGUUUGAGAUGGAGAGAUUUAGUAAAGAAAGACAUAUAAUCUCUAAAUGGAGGUCAGACUCGAAAAUAAAAGUAGAUGACAGCUACAAUUAGAGGCUUGGAUGUGUGACAAGUUGUCCUUGUCACCGAUAACCCUAAAUAAGAAAAAUUUAUUAUAUUUUAGUAAUUAAAACUUCAAAUACACUUUAUUUGAAUUAGUUUAAAUCUUUAUACAAUUAUUUUUAGGAACUUUAAACUUUUAUCAUUUGGAGAAGAAGCUGAAGAAGAUGAAGAUGAACUUAAUGACGCUGUAAAAGAAUUUAGUGGUAAACCAAAAUCAACACAUGAUAUACUCAAAGAUCCUCAGUUAAGUUCAGCACCUGCUGUUAUAGAUAAUGUUUUAAAAGAUGAUAUGCAAUUACCUAUCAGUGAUCAAACUUCAAAGUAAAAUAUAUUUAAUUUUGCAACUAUAUUUUAAUUAUUUUGCACAGCUUAAAUAAUAUUGAUUCCUAUUUUUUUUUUAAAUAUAGAAUUAGUGUUGAUGAUGUUCGAUCAAAAUUAUCGUCCCAAAGUAAAAAAAAAAACGUAUCUAAACCAGCAGAUCCAUUAAAUAUAGAAGAUUCCGAUGAGGAGUAUGAACUUGGACAAGACAUAAAAAAGGAAAAAAAAAGAAAAUUGUAACUAUAAAUUAUAUGAUUUUCAGUGAUGUACUGUAUUAAAUUAAUUUUCAAAUUUGUUAAUUGUAUUAUUAGAGAAGAAAUUCGUAAAGAAAUUAAAGAUAUAAAAACUCACCUUUCAAAAAAGAAAAAUAAUAAAGUAAAGGAUCAAGUCAUAGAUGAUAAACCAAUUGAAGCACAAAUGCCUGUUAAUCCACUUAAACAAGAAUAUCUGGACAAUUUUAAGUUCUAUUCUUCAAAAAAGAGCGAGUCUCCUUAUAAAGGUAUACAAUAAUUUGUAUUAAAUGUCUUCAAUAGAAUUUUAUUGAAUCACGAUAAUGAUUUUGUUCUGUGCCUUCUACACAAAUUGUCAAGCUAUUAUUAUAGCUUGACAAUUACUUAAUUAUUGACAUUUGAUUGAUAUUUUUAUAUUAUUACACCAAUAAUAUUGAUCUCAUAUAUAUUAAGCACUACUGUCUACUAAGCAAAAGGACGUAAACAAUAUGUUGAUAAUUCUUUAGGGAACACACAUAAAAAGAAUUGUUAUAAAUAUUCAAUACUUGGUGGAAAUUGAAUGAAAUUUGUUUAAACUUUAUGUAUACUUUCAUCUUAAAUAAGUUAUUAUAAAAAAAUUUACUUUAUAAUAUUAAAUUAGUUAUCGUGAUUACACUAAAAAAAAAAAACUCUAAAAAUUAAGUAAUAUUCUUAAUAAUUUUGAUUAUUAUUUUAGAUAUUAAUAAUUGGAGAUAACAUUAAAAUAUUUUCCUUACACUUGGCCUAAAACUGAUAUUGUAGUUUAUAACUAUUGAUGUAAUUAAAUCACAGAAUUGUAUACUUCCGCCACUCAAUUAUGCCAGCAAUUUUACAGUGUUAAAAAAUUGAACACCUCAUUAAUUUAUAAUGUAUUAUAAACAGUAAUUUAAAAAUAUUACCUUAUUAUUUUUGAUAAAGCUAAUUUUUAUAAUAAGAAUUUUGGCCAAAAGUGUUGCUUGUGUUCUUUUGUCUAUUAAGACUGGUAAAUAUUUAUUUUUUAUGAAGGUAAAUUAUUUUUUUUACUACAACUUUUUGAUCUGUAAAAAAUGUUUAUUUUUUUUUUUAUUAUAAUAUAAUUAAAGAUUUGUAAUUUUUAUUAAUAUUAAAAUAUCUGAUUUUAUAAUUUUUAAAUUAGGCCUAAGUAGAGAGGAAUUUUCUCUUAAUCUUCUACAGCAAUUUAAAAAUAAACUCAAUAGUGCUAAACAAUCAACCUUAGAAAAGAAAUCUGAAGAAUUAGUUGAAGAUGAAGAUUCUUGGUAUUUCUAUUGUGCUUAUUAAUACAUAUUUGAACUUGUUAUUUUUCAUUAAUUUACAAUAUAAAUUUAAUUUUAGGAAAAGCUGUAGUUUUCAAUGUAAGAAGGAAGACGCUGUACUAGCAAAAGAUGCCAAUAAGAAAGAUGACGAUUGGUUUGAAAUAUAUGAUCCAAGAAGUACUUUGAAUAAAAGAAAACGUGAAUUAACUAGAAUUGAAAGUAAAACUAAUUUAAAAAGUGACAAUGAUAAAAAAGGAUAA